AAAACAAAAAUCAACCGCGCCUUUCUUUCUGUUUUGGUCUGAAGUCUGAACCAACCGCCAAAGAAAGCGUAAACAAUAUUUGGGUUUUUCAGCCGGAGUGCAAUUACGAUUUUGAUUCUCUCUCUCUCUCUCUAUCCCGAAAUUUUGAAAUGAAUUUCAUAAGGAUUAGUAACAGCGGUGGCUGUUGAUGGAGGCGUCAACAUUUCACCUAUUCAUACUAGGGUUUCUACUAGCCGUUGCAACGCGCUCUCACGGUGAAUCCUCGACGUGCCUGACGGUGUACAAAGAAGGCGGCGCUCCGGCGGUCUUUCAAUCCCCAAAAUGCCCUCGCUGGAAGCACUCCGAUUACACCUCCGAUUCUCGAACCACCUCGCGUUGCCAAUCGGCGAUGCUUCAAGGUCGCCGGAGGUCUAUGGAGGACCGCACUCUCUGCGCUCUCGAUCUUCGCAUUCCCUUCCCCGGUAGGGUAGGGAUCAAGGAGGUAACAGUUGGAGUUGUGGCGGUUUUCGAUGGUCAUAAUGGAGCUGAAGCUAGUGAAAUGGCUUCGAAGCUUUUCUUGGAGUAUUUCGUUUUGCAUACCUACUUUCUUAUUGAUGCAUCAUACUCUGCUAAGUUGAAGAAAGCUUCAGGGAGUUUGGAAACUAGUAAAGAUCAUUAUACUCUUUCUCGACGGCAUAAUUGGGAUGGCCUACUAGAUGGACAUGAAUUGGACAUUGGAAGGUUUACACAUUCAUACGAAGCAACAGUUGAUGAUUCUUAUCACUUUGAAAUUUUGAAAGAAGCAUUGUUGAGGGCAAUUCAUGAUGUUGAUGCAAAAUUUUCUAAGGAAGCGUAUAGGAAAAAUCUUGAUUCUGGUUCCACAGCCACAGUUGCACUACUUGCUGAUGGUCAAAUCUUAGUUGCCAAUAUUGGAGACUCAAAGGCUUUUCUUUGCUCAGAAAAAUUUCGAUCCCGUGCAGAGGCUAAAGCCGCUUAUAUAAGAUUAUACAGGCAGGAAAGAAGUAAUGGUGCUAUUUCACAUCUAAGAAACCAUGAAAACUUUGGAUUGACUUCCUCCGCUGGACUCAUGCAUUUUUCAGUUAAGGAAUUGACAAGAGAUCAUCAUCCGGACAGAGAUGAUGAAAGAGCUAGGGUGGAAACUGCUGGUGGCUAUGUUUUGAAAUGGGGCGGUGUGCACCGAGUAAAUGGUGAACUUGCUAUUUCCCGAGCUAUCGGUGAUGUCUCCUUUAAAAGUUAUGGCGUUACAUCUGCACCAGAAUUGACGGAUUGGCAAACCCUGAAUGUGAAUGAUACCUAUCUGGUGGCUGCGUCUGAUGGAGUUUUUGAGAAGAUGAGUUUGCAGGAUGUUUGUGAUUUGUUGUGGGAAGUACGAAGUUUCAAUCCUGGGAGAUCAGAUCUUUCUUCCUCAUGUUUGUACUCAUUAGCUGACUGCAUAGUGGGUACUGCAUUUGAAAAGGGCAGUAUGGAUAACGUGGCAGCUGUUGUUGUUCCAUUGGCAUCUAUUGGUUUUAAUGACAGUUUGUUGAAGGAAAGUGCAUAUCAAGAAGGAAACAAUGAUCGUACAGUAUUAGGAACACAGAAGUUGACCUAUGAAGGAUCAGGUAAUAAGCUCAGUUACGACCUAAAGCAAUUGGACUAUGCUCAUCCAGUUAUUUCCAAGUUUAAGAGGUUAUUGGUAGAAGGAAAACAUGGCUGUGUUGGCUGUUUUUAUUUAUCCGAGAACCUUGAUGAACAUGCGGAGUAUGUGUUGCAAACAAUGGAUGACCAUGAAGAUUAUGUGUAUGACCUGCCCCAGGCUCUUCCACAUGCUCUUGACCAACACUUUGGUGGACUUCUAAGUUUGUACCAUAACCAGAACUUUUGCAUGCACCUCGGAAUUGAUGCUGAAAAUGGUAGAGAUCAAUGCAUAAAUGGCUUUGCCAGUUUCCUUGCUUUGCUUGAAUCAAUUCCUUUCGAUGAUGCUGGUUCAAAUAAUGGAUCAUUUGAGAAUUCGAUUCCCGAUAUGAGAUGUGGAUUUGAUACAGUAGAAAUUUUAGAAACAUUGACCUUCCUGGCCAGGUAUGUACUAAAGAAGAGGUUUGGUCGUGGAUCUUAUGGUGAAGUAUGGCUGGCUUUUAGUUGGAAUUGUGACCGAGACAGAAACGCUUCAGACUCAAGCCCUCGUGAUGAAAAUCUGUUCAUCUUAAAACGGAUAAUGGUGGAGAAAGGGGCCACUGUUUAUUUAAGUGGUUUACGUGAAAAGUAUUUUGGAGAAGUUUUUCUUAAUGCAUCUAAUUGUCUUGGAGGUUCACUAUCAGCUGCCACAUCAAAUUCUGUUUUGAAUGUAUCAUGGUUCAAUUUCUAUGGCCUAGUAGAAAGAAAUGAUUCAAUGGCAGAUGAAAUAGGAAAUAGUUGGACUACUGAAAGCUUGUUUGGAAACAAAUUUAGACUGCAUACCGAUUUUUAUGAAGAAGGUCUGAACCAUAUUGCUAGAUAUGUAGAGUCCUUCGAAUCCCGAGCAAAUGAAAUAUGGCUAGUAUUUCGUUAUGAGGGUAUAUCUUUAUCGAAGCUUAUCUAUACUGUUGAAGAAGACAUGAAUGCUGAUGAAGGGAGGGAUGAAAAAGUGAAGCAUGUACAGAUCUUGCGUCCAUCGAAAUGGUGGCAUUGGUUGAAGACAACAAAAGAAGGACAGGAGCAAAUGCGCAGUCUUAUAUGGCAGUUGUUGAUGGCAUUGAAGUCCUGUCAUGACCGCAAUAUUACCCACAGAGAUAUCAAACCUGAAAACAUGGUGCUAUGCUUUGAAGAGCAAGACACUGGGAGGUGUUUGAAAGGAAUUCCACAUGGAGAAAAUUUUACCACAAAAAUGCGCAUUAUUGACUUCGGUAGUGCAAUGGAUGAGUUCACUUUGAAGCAUUUGUAUGGUUCCACUGGACCAUCCAGAGCUGAACAGACGAAUGAAUAUACUCCUCCUGAAGCCUUACUUAAUGCUAAUUGGUAUCAAAUGCCAACAAACACAACUUUGAAAUAUGAUAUGUGGAGUGUUGGUGUUGUGAUCUUAGAGUUGAUCUUAGGAUCACCAAAUGUUUUUGAGAUCACUAGUUACACACGUGCGCUUUUAGACCAGCAUCUUGAAGGAUGGAAUGAAGGCUUAAAGGAGCUAGCAUACAAGCUUAGAUCACUCAUGGAGCUGUGUAUACUAAUCCCCGGUAGUUUCUUACACCAUCACCACACAGACCGAGUUGGAGCAUCACCAGCUUCCUGGAAAUGCUCGGAAGAAUUUUUCUCCCAUCAAAUAAAGAGCAGAGAUCCUCUUAAGUUGGGGUUUCCAAAUGUUUGGGCUUUGCGGCUGGUGCGCCAGCUAUUACUCUGGGACCCUGUUUUACAUGCAAAUCAUCUAGUUCAAAGCUUUACUUCCUGUGCAAAAUGUUUUCAACUGAUACUCUGGAGACGCUUCAAUUUUUUCAGCUUCUUCAUCAUCGUUGGGAUCUUUAUCUACUUUUUUUUUUACCGACUCUAUUUGUAUGUGUUUGUUAUGACAAGGCCGUAUUUUGUUAAAAGUUAUUUGCUCGACGUUUGAAACUGUAUAUAUGUAGCAAGAGCAGUUUGCGAAAAAUUGAAACUGCAUAUAUGUAGGACUUGUGAAGCUAACCUCACUGAAACUGUACAUAUGAGUUCUCUAGUCGCAUGGUAAAAAGUAAUUUUUUAGUGUUUUA